AUGAUCUUUGCCGAGUAUCUGGUUUUAUCUUCCUUAGUGCUAGGAGUGCGGUUAUAUCUGUACCAGACUCAGCGGAUCCAGUUUGUUGAAGUUAGUGACACCGCAAAGAUCCACUGUUCUUCCAAAGAAAACCUGGAAGGAGGAAGUAGCAUGUUUUGGUAUUUGAGAAGAGAAGGUGAGACACCCACCUGCAUUAAGCGCUGUUUGGAUGAUCAAAAUGUAGGUAAAUUUGCUUGCAAACACGAGACACACAGCUCGACCCUGGAAAUCAGCAACAUCCAAAAGACUGAGUCUGGCAUUUACUACUGUGCAUUUGAAUACAGCAGCUAUCUGAUUUUUGGAAAUGGAACCACACUGAUUGUUGGAGACAGUUAUACCAACAGCAGCUGGGUGAUGUUUCUGGUUCCAUUUCCACGUGGCACUCAAGUCACUGGGACAGCGAAUCUGGCCUGUGUGAUCCAUGGAGUGUCCAGCCCAGUCCAUGUUUCCUGGAGUGUUUCUGGGGAGCUGCAGGAACAGGGGCUGACGCGCUCAUUGAGAGCAAGGGAUGGAUCUUUAACGCUCAUAAAUCACAUCAGCGUCCCCAUGGACACCUGGACCAGUGGGAAGAAUUUCACCUGUGAAGUCAAAUUCAACUCUUCUGGCAGCAGUGUGAAGAAAAGUACCAGGUAUCCUGCAGCCCAUCCCAGCGGGUGUGUGGCACAGAUGCUGCGCUAUGCAGUGGCGAUUUCCCUGGUGGUGUUGAUGGUGUCCCUGAGCCUGGCCUGGAGUCACUGCUGUUCUACUCCAGCCAAGUGUUGA